GCUCCUCGGACGCUCAUCCCCUGCUCAGAGCUCAGCCAGCUAAGGUUUCCCUGCAGAUCUAUAUGUGAGAUUGGGCCUUUGUCAUCUGCCAUCCUGUGGGGAACUUCAGCAUGUGAAGACAGCUGUUUUUCCUAGAAGGGGAAGCCAGAUUGCAGUCCCCACCUUGAUGGGCGGAGAAUGAAUAAUCUCACAGAAACACUGAUUUCCCUGUCAGUACUCCAGUGGAAGGAAAUACCAUAGCCCUUGAGAAGCAUCUACAGGUUCAAAAGCCUCUGGAGGAUUGAAGUUACUCUGUGGUUGGUAGUCGCUCUUCCAAAACCUUCAAACCAAAGAAGAAUAUUCCCGAGGGGUCUCACCAGUACGAGCUGCUAAAACAUGCUGAGGCCACGCUGGGAAGCGGCAACCUCCGGAUGGCUGUGAUGCUUCCAGAGGGGGAAGACUUGAAUGAGUGGGUUGCAGUGAACACUGUCGACUUCUUCAACCAGAUCAACAUGCUCUACGGAACCAUCACGGACUUCUGCACGGAGGAGAGCUGCCCCGUCAUGUCUGCUGGCCCAAAGUACGAGUACCACUGGGCAGACGGCACCAACAUCAAGAAACCCAUCAAGUGCUCUGCUCCCAAGUACAUCGAUUACCUGAUGACCUGGGUCCAGGACCAACUGGAUGAUGAAACGCUGUUUCCUUCAAAAAUAGGCGUACCAUUCCCAAAGAACUUCAUGUCAGUGGCCAAGACAAUUCUCAAGCGUCUCUUCAGAGUUUACGCUCACAUCUACCACCAGCACUUUGACCCCGUGAUCCAGCUGCAGGAAGAGGCACACCUUAACACUUCUUUCAAGCACUUUAUCUUUUUUGUUCAGGAAUUCAACCUUAUUGAUAGAAGAGAACUUGCACCACUUCAAGAACUGAUUGAAAAGCUCACCUCCAAGGACAGAUAAAAGGAAGAGGACUUCUUGAAGUCACUUGUUUCUUUAAGCAAGCGUGUGGUAUUUGUUUUUUGUUAAUUUGUUUUUUUUAAAAAAAAAACAACAACAAACCAACCCCCCUGUGCUGUUACCAGUGACAGCUGAGAUCUACUUUCUGUGCUUUUGUUAGGGGAAAUCUUUUCUCUGUUAGUGACAUGUGCUAAAUAGCUCUUUUUUUUUAUUACUAUUAUUUCAUUGUUGUAACUCAUCGUGGAAUUUCUAGCAGGUGCUGAGUGUUUAUAAAGGAAAUGUGCUUGGCUGGGGGGAUUGACUCUGCUGGUGGAUGGGUUCUUGUGUUGUGUCAGUGGUAGCCCAUUCUCAUGAAGUCCCUGGAAGACUUGCUUACUUUCUCUAAGUGCCUUGGCAGACUCACUUCUGAGGUGCAAAGCACAUACAAUACUGAACAUUGCUGGAAACAGAAAAUAUGUACUAACACCCAGACACUUACUGAAACUCGUUUUAAAAAUAUAUAUAUAUAUAUCUAUGCUUACACU